AAAUCCACCUAUUUUCACCUGAGACUGAGAGGUCAAACUAUUUUGGCCUUAAACUUGAUGAUAUUAAGCUUUGCAUUCUUAAUCUUAUAUUGUUUCAGCACUUUUUAAUUUGCAUCAAAUUACAAUAUUCGGCCAUUAUAUUGACGUUUUCGACCCUGUUUACAUUGUCUUAGGAAAAGUAUAGGCUUGACUAGUUUGGGGUGAGUCUCCACUCGCUUUUCAGAGAAAAGUGAGUCCCAAAGGUGAAUUGUUAUGACAGGAGGUGAAUCCGCUCCUGGUGAUUUCCAUGAGACAGGUGAAUCUAUGACUGGUUCCCAACCUCAGGGAUUUGCUGGACUGGCGAGUUAACGUCGAGUGCCUGAGGAGGGGGGUCCGGGCAUAAACUUGAUAGCUGCAUUAAAACAAUGAAAUGUCAAAUGAAGCCGGCGGCUAUUUCUUGCACCGAUGGAUCCAGCAUUGCUGAAGGAGAGAGAAGCUUUCAAAAAGAGGGCGCUAGCACAACCAUCAGUCGAAAAGAGAAAGGCCCAGAAAAGAACUGAAAAUGAUCGCAGCACGAAGAAGGCACGGCCAGCGCCAAAACCUAAAGCCGAUUUUAACUACAAGGCAAUGCAAGGAAGUUCACAGUUUAAGUUUGGAAUAUUGGCAAAAAUAGUUAAAUAUAUGAAGCAACGGCAUCAACAGGGAGACACUUAUCCAUUAUCAAUUGAUGACAUUCUUGACGAAACAAAUCAACUUGAUGUCGGAGCACGGCAUAAACAAUGGCUAUCGACCGAGGCCCUCGUCAACAAUCCCAAGAUCAACGUCGUGGAUGACAAUAAGUUUGUCUUCCGCCCGAAGUAUAACAUCCGAGACCGGAGGGGGUUAAUGCGAUUGCUGGAGCGAAAUGACCUGAAAGGAUUGGGCGGUGUUUUGAUGGACGACGUCGAAGAGGCUGUGCCGAAAUGUGGGCGAGUUAUUCAGCAAUUGGGCAGCCAAAUCACCAAAAUCAUGCGACCCGCCGAUAAAAAAGAAAUCCUCUUCUACAACGAUAAGAGCUUUGACUUCACAGUUGACGAGGAAUUUAUAAAAUUAUGGCGAGGCGUGUCCGUAGAUGGGGUAGAUGAAAAUAAGAUAGAUGAGUACCUGGACCAGCGGGGAAUCACUACCAUGCAAGACGUCGGAGCAAAAACUGCAGCUCCAGUACAGAAACGAAAACGAAAAGGUGGCAAUCGAAAAAAGACAUUCAAAUCACACAACGACCAUUUAGGAAACUUGUUAGAAGACUAUUCAAACGUGGACAAGUGAGACAGUUAUCAAUUUUGUAACGACUUGUGUGAUUGGCUGAAGUUAUUCAGAAAUGAGUUAGGUCGGGUCUGAUUGGUUGGAAUUCUGCUGAAGAGUUUUAUGGAGAAAAGUGUCUGGCGUGACUAUAUGCGUUGCCAAAAAGGUGGAAAUCGUUAUGACUGUCCGGUUGCAUGCAUCACUUAAUUGCCAUCGAUGUUCAAAGUUAAAUGGAGAACACGGUCGCUGACAAACCAUGUCCUUAAACAUGUUAAUGGGACAACUUGGGCAUGAGAUAUGUUGGUUUUUUCAUUACAAAAAUGGCUUCCAGCAGGAGCGUGAUUUCUCCAAACAGGAUAAUUGAAAAGUCAUUGAACUGCAAUAACAAAUGCACAAGAACGGGGUGUAAAUUUAGGCCUGCCUGAAAUUCGCAAGCCAUGCCCAGAACUGCCUUCCAACACAGGUGAAAAUCGUUAUCAGAGAACGGCAUCAGUGUAAUACUACCAGUGGUGACGCAUGGUGUCAAGCUGGCACAUUUUCCUACUGGCCAGGUAAUUUCCAGGUUGUCCCUUUAAUAAGAUUGAGCUCGGGGCACGGCCGCUCUUAAUUGGUUCCUAAUUUUCAUUUGCUCUGAAACGGUAUUUGGCACUAAAUUUCUAGGAAGCCACGCCCCCCACAAACCUCAACCAAUGAAAUCGCAUAAAAACAACAACAAACCUGAACACGUUGGGGUAUCGCGGCUGACUUUUGUUAAGACGUAGCGUAAACUACAUUCUCUGUUCGCAAUAGUAUUUAACCUGGUUGACCAAAUUUGUAAAGUCAUUCAUUGAAAAAGUACCAAUUGUACGAAAUGUCUGAAUAGACUGGAAUCGUUGCAUUUGUUUAUUUAAACCCACACUGAAACGGUAUUUGGGCAAUUUGUUUUGUAGGAGGAAACCAGUGCACCCGGAGGGAACGAAAAUAAAACGUGUUGAAUUAGACUGAGUGUUGCGCAAACCUGCCUCAGUAAAAGUUUGAAAGAUACUUAGUUAAAAAGAUGUGGAUGGGGAUGUUUUUAGAAAUGAAUCAAAUAAAACGUUUUUUUGUUCGAA